AUGAGUGUACUGCUGCCCAACAUGGCGGACUUCGACACCAUCUAUGAGCUGGAGGAGGAGGGAGACGAGGAAGAGGAGGAGGAGGACAAUAACAACAACGAGGAGGAGGAGGAGGAGUCCGAAGCCGUGGUGCGGAGCCAGGAGCUUCCCCGACCCCGCGACGCGCCGGAUCCCGUAGCGGUACGGGGCGCCGGGCACAUCACCGUGUUUGGCUUGAGCAACAAGUUUGAUACAGAAUUUCCUUCUGUUCUUACAGGGAAGGUUGCCCCUGAAGAAUUCAAGACCAGCAUCAGUCGUGUGAAUACCUGUUUAAGAAAGAAUCUCCCUGUCAAUGUCAAAUGGCUGCUUUGUGGCUGUCUGUGCUGCUGCUGCACACUGGGCUGCAGCCUGUGGCCUGUAGUCUGUCUUAACAAACGAACUAGAAGAUCAAUUCAGAAGUUGUUAGAAUGGGAAAAUAACAGACUAUAUCAUAAGCUGGGUUUGCACUGGAAACUGAGCAAAAGGAAAUGUGAAACCAGCAAUAUGAUGGAAUAUGUUAUACUAAUAGAGUUCUUACCAAAAUAUCCCAUAUUUCGACCUGACUGAGGAACAGCAUUUGGUCUUUCAUCUAACCUGUCAUUUUCUACCCUUAGUGCCUUGUAGAUGAUUUUGGAAAGAAGAUGGUCUACUUUGCUGUGACUUUAAAAAUGUUCUUCAGUAGAAUAUCUUCCUUGCUAUGUUACUUUCUUUUGUUAAGAAGAGAAGAAUUUGCACAUUUUUUAUGUUAAACGAGGCUUCUAUGUUGCACUCUGAAUUUUUAACUGAUAAUAGUUGCCACUAGGGAUCUAACAUCAGUGCUGCUUAAACUUGUUCUGAGCAUGCUGCCUUAUUCAUUUCUGUAUUUGCUGUCCUCAAACAUGCAUCCUAGUGCUGUGUCAUACUCUUAUUUCAUUCUAAACGUUGAAAUCCUAUAAACCCUCAAUAUGAGAUGUCCAGGUAAGCAUCCAGUAGUAAUGAUUUUAGUAGAACCUGCUUGCAUAGGACUUGCAAUCAACAGCACUGGUUUUCUCCUGCACUUUGCAAAAUCAUCAUUUACAUUUAGGGGGUUGUUUUUACCUGCUAUGGAUUUGUAAAUAUUGACUCUCUGCAUAAUGUAAAGUGUGGUAUGCCAAGGUUUACAGAAUGUAAUAUAGCUCUUACUCUAUUGCCAACUGGCCAACAUUGUUUUAUUCAUUACAUUUGCUAGGAUCCCUCCUGACUGUACAGACCCAUCCACACGCUGUUUUUAUGGUAAAGCCAUAAUGAGUUUGUACAUACUGUCAGCUGUGUAGGGCUCGGUUGCACUUUGUUCAGUGGUUGGAUGACAAAUGCAGAGCAUUUCUGGUUUUUUCAAGUAUUUCAGGUGUUGUUGGCAGCACCUGAAAUAGGAAGCUCAAGUACUCUUCACCUUUGAAAAAGUUACAUUUGUGGGGUAGGCAGAGGCUGCUGUUAGCAAAAUGUCCUAAAGUCUCUUUUUAUGUUGGGAAUAUGUGGAUGUCAAAUUUUCUUUUGAAGUAAGGAAAAAAAAUGUUUAAAAAUUGGAGACCUUCUUUACUAAGGAGAAAAAUUUUGAGCAGCCAAAUCAGAGCUGAAGUGUAACACUUUACUUUUGUAGUGUGGCAAAACUUCAACAUUUUAAGAGUUUUCCAGUGGAAAUCAACUUUAUCUCAGUUAGAACAGUGUUGCAAAAUAGGAAGUGGGUCAGUUGAAAGGGUUCAUGCCUAUGUUUUGGUAUUCAGACAGUCUGAAGAGCUCCAAAUGCCUUGUGGAAUUCACAAGUAUUUUUGGGUUUAUCCCUGUUUUCUUGAAGGGAACUAAAUGUAGAAAAACUUCCUGUGAUGGCUGGCCUAAGCAGGAUCACUUUGUAAUAGGAAAAUUGCUGCAAGUUCCCAUUCCUUUCCUAACUAGAAAUAAGAAAUUGGACAAAAAUCAGCAGGUGGCUGAGUAUCUGCAAGGUGUGUUCAGUAUCAUCAUCCAUGCCCAGGCUUUUCUUUGCAGCAACUUGACUCCUUGUGACAUCAUCCCAAGUUGCUUUUUAAUUUCAGGGUGACUUGGGAUUUCCUCUGAAUGUAUUUGCAUCUUUUCAGUAUGCAAUAUUGUAUUAAAAUACAGUAUUUGUAAGACCAUUGCAUUCUAGUAACUGUAACAGGCCAGAUUUCUUGUUUCAGUGUUUACAGAAGGCCAAGUUUUAUGCAACUUGUUACAAGUUUUAUGCUAUUCUUACUGUACAGCUGAGUGUCAGACUCCAGAGCUUGCAGUAGUUUACAACCACAGACUGAUGCUUCAGAUUCUGAAAUCUGUGUACUUGGUGCAGAGGCUUCAUUUGACUGGGAGGCUGGUGACAAUUAACUGUAAUUUUAUUUGUAACAUAAUGAAUAAAAAACCUGUGGUGUUUGACU